CUGCAAAAAAUGCUCUUUAAAUACCGCCCUCGCGCCAUGGCUAGUCAUGGGCUAGCAUAUCACAGAUAAGAUAUUAGUAGCUACACACAGUGAGCGUUCAUGUUAGCGGGUUUAAACGGUAUAAAUAUGUUGAAAUAUGUUUGAGACUUCUUCAGCUCAUUUACUUGUGUUCGUCAAAAGUUGUCGAAACUGUCAUGACUUAACGUUGGCUAGUUAAUUAAAGUUGUUCAUUGUUAUACAGAGUAGUUUGUUAAACUCUAUAUUAGAUGAUUAACCACUCAGUGUUUCACAAAUACUGUAGUCUUAGGUUUCUUUAAGCUGGUUAAAAUGGAUUUAUGUGGAUUUAUGAGUUAUAAACGUUUAAGGUGAAAACGUAAAAUAGGUAAAAAUUCGAUACAAAAUAGAAACGCACACUUCGCUGGUUUGUUUACUCACGGCGUGGGCUAAAACACACCAACACACACACACACAUAUCGUGUUUGUACACGUUAUCAAUGAAGUCUGCGUGCGAAAAUAUAAAGCAACAGUUAUGACACACUGCGAAUUCAUAUAAUUACGUUUUAUUAUUUUUGCUCUGUAGCACUUUACGCACUCAUUGCCGUUUGUUUCGACCUGGCCUUUAGGUCAGCGCUAACUUGUUCGCUUUCCGUUCCUCGUGAAUAUUGACCAAUGAUAGCGUGCGCGCGCGUGUUGGGGGCGGAGCCACGAAGAAUCGUAACAAUUAACGAGGUGUUCGAAGGGGCGCGUGCUGGUUAUGGAAAGAUGGUGGUGAGUGUGACACUUAAAUCAGAUGCCAAAUAUAGUGACUCUGAGUUGCUGGCCUGGCUCAAUCACACUUUGCAGUCUGGAUUCAACACUGUGGAGCAAACAUGCUCAGGUGCUGCCUACUGCCAGUUAAUGGACCUGCUUAACCCUGGCUGUAUUGCUGUGCGAAAUGUAAAGUUCAAAGUAGAGGAUGAAAUAGAUAUAACGAACAACUACAAGCUACUUGAAGGUGCCUUCAUCAAGACUUCUAUAAAUAAAACACUGGAGAUUGAAAAGUUGGUCAGUGGGAAUAUCACAGAGACGUUAAAUCUACUGAGGUGGUUCAAAGUGUUUUUUGAGCACAAUUUUGCGGGACAUAGUUACAAUCCUGUAAUGGCUCGAGGUGGACAGAUUCUGGAACCCUAUCUCCCUAAGAAACGAAGGGCUCUUGUGCAGCUGGACUUUUCGGUUCCAGACCGGCUUAGUGAAAAUGCUGACACAAAAGUGGAGAGAAAUGUUCUGGAGUCUUUUUACUCCAGCCGGGCUGUGCUGUGUUUUAUCAGGAAAUACUGUCCCUCUGUCUUAGCCAGCACAGACUCAUCUAUUACAUGUAGCAAAGCCAAGCAAGUGCUGGGCCAGAAAUACCCAAAAGACUUUGUCGCUGUCUGUAACCAGACCCCUUACUGCCUGUAUAUGUACCAUGAAGGGGAGAAAGCUUAUGUGGUCUUGAUUGGGUAUUUCGACCAGACUGCUGGAGAGACCAGAGUGAGGCUGCUUGACAUCAUCGAAGAGGUGCAUACUACCUUAUUGAACUGUGUUGUGGAGACUCUUAAAAAGUUUGAGAUCCCUCUGGCUAACCUUGCAGCAUUUUAUUCCAAUGCACCCAAUCUUACAGAGCUGAUUUCAGGCCUGAAAGCCUUGAAUCCUGGCACUGUUUUUCUGUGUAGCCUUACUGGUGUUGCAGAACAAGCAUGUCACAGUGGUAUUACGGCAAUGGAGCUGUCAGCACAGAUCCAGGAACUGAUCAAGGAAGUCCACCAGCACUUCUCCUCUCUACCAGACUUUCUGAAGGAACAGCUUAAUAAUGUGGAGUUCAAUCUCACCCCUUCUUUGAUAUCUGAUUGUCUUAGCCUCAGAACAACAAUUUACAAAAUGGCCACAGCAUGGUCAGACUUAGUGCAAUACUUUAAUUUUCAAAGUGCCAGCAGUAAUUCAAACAGACAAAUUUGCUGCCUCCUCAAUGAUAAGGCUUUGAGACUGAAUUUCCUGUUUCUGAGCCAUGCCCUGCAGCCUCUCUGCAAAUUUCAGGAGAGUUUGGACUGUGGUAAAGAGGUGAGAACAUUGCUCCAAGAUGCCUGUAGUUUAGUUCAUGUUUACAUAUCUAGCUUCCUCACUCCCAAAGCUGUGGAACGCUUCUUCAGGAGAGGUAACUUGGGCUCACCAAUGAAGGACAUGAUGGAACAUCUUCCAAGAGACAAGGUGAAGGUUGGUGAAGGGGUGGCGGAAUAUCUUCGUCAAAAUGAUGCAGAGCUAAGUGGCUCUUUAGACCUCUUUUACAAGAGUGUUGUUUCAUUCUACACAGCAGUCAGUUCCAGUAUUGUCAAGAGUUUACCCAUGUCUCAUUCUGCUCUGAGAAACAUGGAUGCCCUCUUAAGCCCAGAAGGCAAGCUGGAAGUCACCGGGAAGGCCGUAUCUGAUUUAGGUGUCCAGUUUGGUCUUUGUACAUGUAGAGAAGCCUUCAGCUUGUUGACUGAUGAGUUUCUUGAGUAUCAGUUUGCUGAGCAGGAAGAUAAACUUGCUGGUCCGGCUGUACAGUCACUGGAGCAGUACUGGAAGGCAGAGCUGAGGAUUAUGGGAAAAACGUCUCUCUUUCGAAAGCUGAUCCUCAGCCUGUUGGCCUUGCCCAAGACACUGAGAAUGGAAAGGAUUUUUGCACAAGUGUUUGAGAGUGUUGAUCACUGCAUUGAUAGCAGUUUGGAAGAGAGAAAAAUUGACAUCUCUGACUGCAAAGACAUGGUACACAAUGAUGAUGAUGUCACAGACGCUUGCUCCUACAAAAGUGCCCCAUCACACCCUCUCAGCCCUGAGACCCAGGAGAAUUCAACAUCAGAUGUUAUUGAUCUGACUGAAAUUGAGGAUGUUAUUUUUAUGGAGACGAAUGCCAGUGCCUCUGGUUCAGACACAGAGAUGGCAAAGGAAAACCCAGACUUUUCAGAAUCAAUAGUUAUAGAUGAUGAUGAUGGCGACGACGACAACGACGACGAAGACACAGAUGAUGAUGUGAUAUGGACUGAUACUUUAUAUCCAGAGAAAACAAAAGACAAUAUUUCCUCAACGCCUAAUAAAGAAAUGGAGUAUUCAUACCAGGAUGGGAAGCCUUUUGCAGCAGGGGAGAUGGUAUGGGGACAGGUGGAAAGCUUUGCUCUGUCUCCUGGUCUGGUGCACAGAUGGACUGAGGGGAAACCCAGAAAGCAUAUUCGUAAGGUGGUGUGGUUUGGGGAUGGUAUGGUCUCUAAGGUUCAUUCAGAUGGUCUGCAGCCUUACGCUGCAUUUGCACAGUGCUUCUGCCCUAAUUCCUUUGCCAUGGUGACGACGUACAAAGAUGCCAUCUUUCAUUCUUUGCAGGUGGCUGCUGAGCGUGCAGGAAAAGUUUUUUGUCUCAACUCAGACUCUAAGGAAGACCUGCUUAGACUAAUGUUGGACUGGGCUUUUGGAGGCUUUAAACCAUCUGGACCAAAUGGACUCAGACCACAAUCAAGAGAAGAUGAAUACCUUAAAAUGUUCAGUUGGAGCGUCCAAAAAUGGAAUAAAAUCAUUGUCAGUGAGACUCAGAAAGAUCAAGAGAAAUUAGAAAAGUUAUGCAACUUAAAAGAAGUGUCUGUGUGCUUGAAGAGACUGUCUCUGGACCUGCAGAAUGGCCGGUUGGACCUAAAGGAUGAAAAUGUGAAGGAAAAGCUUUCGUAUGCAAAAUCAAAACAGUCUUCCUUACAGAAUGAAAAGAAAUUCUCUCUAUCUGCCAGUUGGCCAGCUCCCAGAAAACAGAAAUGUGUUUCCAAGAAUAAGAAUCAAAACAAAGACCAAAGCUCAAUUGUUCAGGGAAAGCAAGACUACAACAGGUAUCAAAUGGCACAUGAGGUUUUUGUCAAAGGGAAGAACAUUGAAGAUUUCUGCUUAUCAUGUGGAACCGCACAUAUUGAGAUCUUCCACCCACUGUUUGAGGGGAGUCUGUGUUUGAAAUGCAAGGAUAAUUUCACAGAGACAUUAUAUCAGUAUGAUGAAGAUGGAUAUCAGUCAUACUGCACUGUGUGCUGUGCUGGGCUGGAAGUUAUUCUGUGUGGACAUGACAGCUGUUCCCGCUCCUACUGCGUGGACUGUUUGGAUAUCCUGAUUGGUAAAGGCACAUUUAAUCAGCUAAGAGACUUGGACCCAUGGAUCUGUUACCUGUGUGCACCAGAGAGAAGCUCCGGGGCUUUGAGACCCAGACAUGAUUGGAGUAUCCGUGUUCAGGAAUUCUUUGCCAACAACAGUGCCAUGGAAUUUGAGCCACAUCGGGUCUAUCCGUCAAUCCCUGCCAACCAGCGACGUCCAAUCAGGGUCCUCUCCUUAUUCGAUGGUAUAGGUACAGGAUACUUGGUACUGAAGGAUCUGGGCUUUAAAGUGGAAAGAUAUGUUGCAUCAGAAAUAGAUGAUGAGUCCAUCACUGUCUCGAUGGUGAACCACGAUGGAAAAAUCACCCAAGUGGACGAUGUCCGUGGAAUUACUAGGAAGCAUAUUGAGAAAUGGGGUCCAUUUGACCUUCUUAUUGGUGGCAGCCCAUGUAACGACUUGUCCAUAGUAAAUCCAGCACGGAAAGGCUUGUUUGAGGGCACAGGGCGGCUCUUCUUUGAGUACUACCGGCUGCUGAACAUCAUGAAGCCCAAGGAGGAUGACCCUCGACCGUUCUUCUGGCUUUUUGAGAACGUUGUAUUCAUGAACACCAGGGACAAAUCUGAUAUCUGCCGUUUCCUUGAAUGCAACCCGGUGCUUGUUGAUGCUGUUAAAGUGAGCCCAGCCCACAGAGCACGGUAUUUCUGGGGGAAUCUGCCAGGCAUGAACAGACCAAUCAUCGCCUCUCAAAAUGACAAACUGACCCUCCAGGAAUGCCUCGAAACUGGCCGCACUGCUAAGUAUGUCAAAGUGCGGACUAUCACCACUCGCACAAACUCCCUCAAGCAGGGAAAAAAUGACCAGCAUUUCCCAGUAUCCAUGAAUGGAAAGGAUGACAGUUUAUGGAUCACCGAACUGGAGAAGAUUUUUGGAUUUCCAAAGCAUUACACAGAUGUGAAGAACAUGGGUCGCAUGCAGAGACAGAAGUUGUUGGGUAAAUCCUGGAGUGUCCCGGUGAUCAGGCAUCUCUUUGCUCCACUGAAGGAUUACUUCGCCUGUGAUGAAUUUCCCCUAAAAUGAGGAGUGUUUUAAAAGACACUCUCUAUCUCUUAAACAGAGAUUUACUCUCAGGAAUAUUUCAAGUAAUUUUGCUUGAUAUUUUAAAGUUUUUUUUUUUUUAAUUCUUUUAUUUUUUUAAUUCAUUUUACUGAAUGUAUGGUUAAAUCAAGAUUGCCGCAGGCAAUAUCUCAGUUUUAUCUAGUCUAACAAUUGUUUUUAAAAUAUUUAGGGUUUCCUGCCAGACUGUGGCUUUUAAUGAAUUAAAUGAACUGAUGAACAUUUUGAAUAAAAUACCUAGGCUCUUGUUUUUUUAAAAUA